AUGUCAAGACCAGAACGCACUACCAUUCGCAAUCGUGGUCCCUCCGACCGACCCGCACUCCUUACCCGUCGUCCAUCUAUCAACAUACCCGGCGCAACUCCCUCUACCAGUCGUGAUGCUACUUCAAGCUCGGCUUCCCAAGCCGUAAAACCCACCGGAAGCAAAGCUCAAAUUUCCAGCAAACCCUCUCGCUCCUCCAAAACCUCACAGAGACUCGUUCUCCUCCCAUCUGACCCGCAAACAAAACCCCUCCUUCCUGCCAUAGACGAAGACGAGCAUGGAUACGAGACGGACGCGGGAGUAAGAGUGAGCGAACAUAAGAGUAUGGGAGAGCGGAUGAGCAAGAGCGAGAGGCGGAGGGCCGGAUACAGGAGGAUUACGGCGCUGAAGGUUUGCGAAGGUUUCAAGAUGAAAUUAAUGGCUAGUUUCUUGAAGAGAGAGCAUAAUGUUGCCCCAAGAGCAUUCGACGAGGCACUCUACGUGCCGUACCACCUCCCACUUCUACCUGGCUAUGGCCAAGGCGUCAAUGUUCGGUCUUCCGUACCUCCCGAAGACCGCCUUACCCGCAUGUCUGAAGCGGAAGAGAAUGGGUAUCAAGGCACCUACUUCACUUCGUCGUCCCCAGGGCCCGCCUUUUCGCUCCGCGACGGAUACAUCAAAUCUUCCUCACCGGAGGAGUCUCGAAAGGUUAGGAUACCAGGCGAGGACGAUACCGAGGCUGAGGUUGAAGUCGAGGGGCUGGAGGCAGACAAUGAGCACGAGCCGUUGUUGCCUGAGGUAGCAGCUGAGGUCGAACCAGCCCUUCAACCUUCCACAUCCGACGCUUCCGUAAUACAACCUUCCGAAACCCUGGACUCGUUGCACAACCCAGAGAUAGUUGCAGAACGUGAACAUCAGCAAUCACAAGAAGGCAAUAUAGCCGUGCGUGACUAUGUUGAAGCAUCGAGGCAAGAAGAGCAUGAAAUAGAGAGGGAAGGAGAGCGGGAUAGAGCGGAUAGCGUGAAUAUGGCGGAGGUAGUGUUCUUUGCAUAUGGUGUGGUUGUCUUUUUUGGGCUGGAGGAAGGGCAGGAGAGGAGUAUAUUAGAAGAUGUAGAGGGAGCGGGCGUUAUGAGGAGAAAGAUGGCAGAAGAACAGUGGGAGGUUGAGGAGUGUCAUUAUGCUUACGAUUCUACAAUUCAAUACCCCCGGAUAUACAAUGAUUUCUUCACUUUUAAAUCCCCAUCCCACCUCCUCACGCUCUCCAUAGCGCACGCGCUUGCUCAAUCAUCUCUCCUCUCACAUUACGAAUCCUUGGCACGUUCCAUCCUACUGGAUCCUCGUACGACCGCUAUACCACGUCAACUCGCCUCCGAAGGCGCACUCAAGCUUUCCCGAACGCAAGCCAUGAAGCUCACCGGUCGUCUUUUCCGAUUACGCCGCGACGUCGUUCUCGGCGGCAACGUCCUCGACGUUCCCGAACUCUUCUGGGAAGAGACCUCGCUCCGGGGCCUGUACGACGCCGUGCGGGAAUACUUCGAGAUCGGACAGCGGGUGAGCAGUCUGAACGAGAAGUUGGUAGGCGCGAAUGAUUUGUUGGACGCGAUUCAUGAUCAUUUGAAUAAUAAUGCGAUGGAGAGGAUUACGUGGAUCAUUAUCUGGUUGAUUGUGGUCGCCAUCCUCGUCGAAUUGGGCGAAGUGAUCGCCCGCCUCAUCGUACACGCCACGAUGGAGUCCGGACGAUCGGCUUCCUCCGCAGUACCGCGUCUUGCUUCGUCAGACAUGCUACAGAAUGUGACGCAGAUGUCGAGGGAAGAGGCUCUCAGGAUAUUGGAGGAGAUGGUCGCGGCCGCUGCGCCUGGUACGAAGUAGGUCCUUUUUGAGCAAGGAACCAUAUUGUGGGGGCUUAGGAUGUCGUAGAGUGGGUUGGAUUGAUGAUUUGUCGCUGGGAUAUGUUCAUUCUUCUGCCUUUGUUCACUACUAUUGCUUUUUUCCGCGGACUUCACACAUCGUAAAAGAAACACUCGUGACGAGGAGUGUCAUAUUAUGGAUCAAUUUACCGUAUCCUCUCCAUCUACUAAAUCC